UUGCACCAGUGUAGCUAAAAAGUACAGAUCUCAGACUCUCAUAACCUGAAAGUUUAAACGUAAAAUUAUUUAUAUUAUUUUUGAUUUUGUGCAGUUACUGAAUAUUACUAAAUAUUUUCAGGAAAAUAAGAUGGAAAAGUGCGGUAUCUGUGGUUGUAGCGAUUUUUAUAACAAGUCCGGUUAUUUCUUUUGUGCAACAUGUCAAAGUACAUACGAGGGUAUCAAAGAACAGAUAUUAGAAGUGCGUGUAGAUGAUACUACAAAACUGCGGAAAAUGAGAAUUUCUAAUGCGAGGCGUAACAGGAUAGACAAAGAGCUCGGAUGGACGUCGUGGGAAUUGUAUAAUUUUAUUUUGAUUGGUUUAACAAAUGAACUUAUUGAACUUGGUGCACCUGUGGAUAUAAAAGUAACAGUAUUACAAUUAUGGGCAAGAUAUCUUGGGAAAUUAGAAGUAGCUUUUACAUCAACAAAACAGAAACUUAUGCCAAAACUAGCUAGAAGAUAUAAAAAAAGAGAUGCUGAAAUUAUAUCUGGUAAAGUUUUUGUACAGAAAAGAAUUAGAAAACGAAAGAAGAUUGAUGGUAGUGUAACAAGUUCUAAAACUUCUGCUUAUCAAAGUGAAGGAAGUUCUUUAAGAGAAUUAAAUAGAAAUAAAAAACUUAUGAGUACUGCUGACUAUGAUAGGUUUAUGCAAUCACAAGCAAGUUCAGAAGGAGAUGCACUUAGUGGAUUUAAUCAAAGUGUAUAUAGUGUGCAGUCUAGCACAGGACGGCCUGAAAACUAUGGAAGGGUACAAUUUAAUUCUUCUGCUAGAAAGGAAGCAAAAAAAGUAAAAAGCAUAGCGAAGAAAGUACCACGAAAUAAACGCAAUAAAUUUAAAACAAGUUACAUAACUAGUCAGUAUAAAAUAGGGCCGGAAUUAAUUACACCUAUGAAAUUAUGGGCAAUCUUAUAUUUGUCUUUAAGGAUCCAUAAUAAUCCUAUACAGUUAGGUGACAUGCUAAGAUAUGCACGAGAAGGACAUUUAUCCUAUUAUAAAUUAGAUCACUUAAUACCUCCUGAAGUGACUUUAACAAAAAGUGAUCUGAAUUUCUUAUCACGAACUAUGGAUACUUAUAUAACACAUAAGGGUAUGAGAAGGAUAAUAGGAAGUAUGGCGACAUUUCUUGGAGUUACAAAAAUAAUAUGCCCAAAUUUUUUACCGCUUAUCAACCGAUAUUGUAUCGAAUUAGAGUUACCAAGGGGCGUAUCACUGUAUGGAGAAAGAUUAGUGGCCUUGUCUCCUCCAAAGAUGAAAUUUGAUAAAAAGUCCUACAUCCCUAAUUAUGAAGGUCGUGUUAUGGCUUUCGUUGUCGUAAUAUUAAAAACAUUACUGGCUUUGGAUGGCAUUACGGAAUAUGAAAUUAGUAAUUUCGCUGAUAAAAUUAAUAGUGUAAUAAGUGAUGAAGGCGUUUGUAUGACGAGACUAUUCAGUUUUCGAGAAUGGCAGAGGCAUAUCGAAUGCAGACGGACUGUUUUGGCUAAUAUGCAUUUUCCCACCAAGUUAAAAUACGAUCCAAACAUACCAAUAGUUAGCAGUUUGUACAUAAAAUUUUUGGAGGCUAUACAUUCCAAAACGGACAAGGAGCAACCCGAGUUAACCACGCGUAAACAUUUAAUACCACGUGAACUUAUUCACGCGAUGAAACAGUGUAUCACUAACGUAAACUACAUUGAUUUACCAUUGAACGAGGUAAAUGUGUUCGCUCCUUCACUAACGCCACAUCGCGCGUAUCUUCAACAACUGUUGGAAUAUCCGCAAUACGACUUUCCAAAUAUACUUAAGAGCGAUUUCUACUCUACAAAAAUUGGAUAUAUGACAAAAUCAGAAUCUAUCUACGAAUUGGCUCAGCGAUAUGAAAUACAGUUAGAUUUUAUUGACUCAAAUUUACAUUUUAUUGAAAAGACUGUACCUCUUUAUGAACAAGCAAAAAUGACGAGUGUAAAGGAUUUGAAAGAUUAUAUUGAGAUACAUGAUUUUAUGAACGAGGAAAUCGAGGUUGAGCAGAAAGAGGAUUUUACUGAUUAUUUACAUAAGAAAAUGCCCUGUCAGCUCAAAAUUGAUGAAAAGAAAAAACAGUAUUAUAAUGACGCUCAGAGCACAAAUAUAAAUGUGAAAGCUCCUCUAUUAUUAUCUUUCUCUGAAUUUAUAUUCGAUGAGACUUUUUCAGAUGGUAAACUAUCGAUCUUAGAUACAAACGAUAAUAAAGAUUUUACAGAUGGAGAUUCUCAAGAUGCUUAUGUUAACGAUACUUUUCUUGAAGAGACGAAAUUAUCAUCGAAAUUUUGUAAAGCGUACAAUAUAAAUUUUUCCAGUACCGAAAAAACAGCCAUGUCCAAAAAUGUAUGUUUCAAAAAGAAACAGAAGCGUAAACCUAUGAAAGGCGUGGACGGUAAAUUUAUUAAACAGAACGAUAUCGCUUUGGAACACGAUGUUAAAAAUGUAAGCCAAGAUCAUUCAAUCAAUUGCAUAAAGCAAACCAAGAUGAUUUCAGCGAAUAAUUCCGAAAUUGAGAAUACAUUACCAGAGAUUCCAGAUAUUUGUAAUUUGAAUAACACGUUCAUGUAUAGUGAUUUUACAAAGAUUAAGAUUGGACACGAUGAUCAGCCUGAGAAUGGUAAAGUAUUUGGAGUAACAAUGGAUGAAACCUUUCAUACAUUCAAUAAAAGAACAGAGAACGCUCUUAGAUUGUUUAGACCCUUUAAGGAUUAUUGGAUGUACCAUUGCAACUUUAGUCGUGUAAAGCCAAAGAAUUUUGAAUUAUUCGAGAGAACUUUACCCAGGAGUUUCCGAUGGUUAUUGAAUGAAUGCGCGAGCAUCGUUGAAAUGUCACCGGAAGAUCUCUAUGAAGAAAUAUGCCUCGUUGAAGCUUAUUACACAAACGUCUCCGAAAAAUUGGAGAUUUGUACGAAUGCGAAUGAUGAUAACCACAAUAAGACGCAUUUUAAUGCAAUUAUGAAAAGAUGGUAAAACCAAAUAAUAAAAAAUAUCAUUUGAAA